AUGUCCAAAAGCAAACAGUGCGAGGCGGUGAGGGUGGUGGUGCGAUGCCGGCCCUUCAGCAGGAGAGAGGAGGCGACCGAGUGCGAAAACGUUCUGGAGAUCGAUGACAAACUGGGGCAGAUCACCAUCAGGAACCCGAAGGCGCCACCUGAUGAGCCCAUGAAAGUCUUCACGUUCGAUUCCGUGUACGGCUGGGACUCGAAGCAGAGCGAUAUUUAUGACGAUGCCGUGAGACCCCUGGUGGAGUCCGUGCUCCAAGGCUUCAACGGGACCAUAUUCGCCUAUGGGCAGACGGGGACAGGUAAAACAUACACCAUGCAAGGGGGGUGUAACGACCCAGAGAGGAGGGGGGUGAUACCCAACUCUUUCCAGCACAUUUUCACCCAAAUAUCCAGAACUCAGAAUCAAAAAUACCUGGUCAGAUCCUCAUACCUGGAGAUCUACCAGGAGGAAAUCAGGGAUCUACUGUGCAAGGACAACAACAGGAAACUGGAACUUAAAGAAAGUCCAGACUUUGGCGUUUACGUCAAGGAUCUGUCCUCUGUGGUGACCAAGAACGCCACUGAGAUCGAACACGUGAUGAACAUAGGCAACCAGUCCAGGUCUGUGGGAUUCACCAACAUGAACGAACGGAGCUCCAGGUCUCAUGCCAUUUUUGUCAUCACUGUGGAGUGCAGCGAAGCGGGGCCAGAUGGCGAGGACCACAUCCGUGUUGGGAAGCUUAACAUGGUUGACCUGGCUGGCAGCGAGCGUCAGAGCAAGACGGGCGCCAAGGGGAAGCGUCUGAAGGAAGCUGCCAAAAUCAAUCUGUCCCUGUCAGCGCUGGGGAACGUCAUUUCGGCUCUGGUGGAUGGGAAAAGCACCCAUGUGCCCUACAGAGACUCCAAGCUGACCCGCCUGCUUCAGGACUCCCUCGGAGGCAACGCAAAGACCGUGAUGAUCGCAACGGUGGGGCCUUCUCACAAGAACUUCGACGAAACCUUGGCCACCCUGAGGUACGCCAGCAGGACCAAGAAAAUAAAGAACAAACCUCGGAUUAAUGAAGACCCCAAAGAUGCCCUGCUGAGGGAGUUCCAGGAGGAGAUCGCACGCUUGAAAGCUCAGCUGGAGGAGCGACUGACGCUUGCAAAAGAGAGGAGGAGGAAGAGGAACAGCAAGAGACUGAGCAAGUGUCUGGCCGGUCUGGAAGAGGAGUUCCUCAGAGAGAAGGAUGCAGAUGUGUGGAAGACGGCUGCAGAAGAGCCAGAGGUGAAGCUUCGCGUGAGAGACGGAGGUGACGCCCCAAAGUUAAAGCACCUGAACGAAAACAGGAAAAGUUUAGAGGACAUGCAGUGGGAUCAAGAUGCUUUGGAGAAAAUCAUUGAAAAAUAUAAGGCUAUGGAGAGCAAACUGUUAGUCGGGGGAAAGACCAUAAUUGAUCACACGAAUGAACAACAAAAGAUGCUGGAGCUGAAGAGACAAGAAAUUGCAGAACAAAUAAGAAGAGAGCGAGAGAUUCAGCAGCAAAUGAUGUUACAAGAUGAAGAAACCUUAGAAAUGAAAGAGACGUUCUCCUCCCUGCAGCAGGAGGUCGAACACAAGACAAAGAAGCUGAAGAGGUUUUAUGCCAAACUGCAGCUGUUGAAGGGAGAGAUGAGAGACAUCAUUGAUGAACAUGUGACAGCCAGACAGGAGCUUGAACAGACACAGAAUGAACUCACCAGAGAGCUCAAGUACAAGUAUCUCCUGAUAGAGAAUUUUAUACCUCCUGAGGAAAAGAACAAGAUAAUGCACAGGCUCCAGUUUGACGGUGAGGAGGACCAGUGGAGACUCCAGCCUGUCCUUCCAUCAGAGAGUGCGCCCACUCAGGUCAAGAGAAGGCCUCUCUCUGCAGUGGGAUACAAGAGACCAAUCAGCCAACAUGCGCAGAUGGCUGUUGCCACGGCGACGUGUACCGGGGCUCCGUUUAGAUACCAGGCGGAGAACAUCAUGCUGUUGGAGUUAGAUAUGUCUCCACCAACCAUGUUCACCUUAAACCUUAAUGGCUCCCACCUGGAGAGGGCUUUUUCUCCCAGAGUGCUGCGCGAUCUCCUGGCUACGGUCCCCCUGAGAGAGAGGACCGCUGGAGCUUCACGGGUCAGGAAAUCCCAGUCCUGGUAUCAGGCGCCACAAGCGGCAUCUGUCACAUCAUCGGCAUCAUCCACCACUCUGGCAUCAGGACCUCAGAGCCUCUGUUCCUCUCAGAGACAAAGACCAUCCUCAGCUGCCUAUCUUCCACCAGGAGAUCCAGUUCAGCCAAGUCCUUGAUUUGUGUUCAUGCACCGCUGCUGUAUGGC